AUGAUGCAGCGCAGCCCCAUACCGCCCUCGUUCCCCCCGCACCACAUAACACAUGGCGAGGAUUCGGACGACAGUGAAGAUCUCGACGCUGCCGUCUCGUCUGGACACGACGGCAGCGAGGUUGAUGUGCGGGACCACGUUCACGAAUCUGAGGGCCUUGUGAGAAGAGCAUCGAAAGAUUUGGAGGGUGAUAAAGAAAUUGCAGCGUUGAAUGUCACAGCAGCAGAGGACGCAGAGCCGCAGGGAAUGCUGGCAAGAGACAAGCAACGGCGCACUACACAUUACAACUAUCAACUAGAGAAGCAAAUGUCCCACGUAGAAGCCAAGCAGUUCUACCAGCAGCAGCGGCAGAAUACGGCAGACGAUCAAGGAGGCAAUACGGCCAUGUCGAGUCCCGUCUUGCGUGCCAAACCCUUUUCGCAACUUGGGCAAGAUUCUUUCCCACGUUCUGGCAGUGUGCACAGCAGACAUAGCUUCAUCAAGGAACCCGGCUUUCGAUCCGCUCUUCCAGUAGGUCUCAGCGAUCCAAACAAGGACCCAAACAGCUCCACCAUCCAAUCACCCAGCAUCGGCAGAUUCGACAACAUCAACGGUGUGCAACCCGCAGGCAAUGGCACAGAGGAUCCACUUCUCGCUGCAGACAGAGCUGCAAGGGCCCACGCUCUCCACCCUGGCCUUCCUCACGAGUCUAAGCCUCUUCUCGAGCAAGAAGGCAUUCAUGGAGCAGGAGCCGGCGUUGGGAUGGACGCUGUCAACGAAUCCAGCGUGACCACCGAGCUCAACGCCAUCUAUUCGAACAUCCAAAAGAUUCUGGAUCUACGGCAUAAGUACAUGAGGUUGUCGUUGCAAGGCCCGCACGACAAUCCACGAGAUGACCCUGGAUGGAACCUGUAUCCUCCACCGCCGGAGCCGGUCUGGUAUGAGAACAAGGAGCGUGGCUACCAGAAAGGGGACGAGGAUGGAAAAGAUUCUGCCAGGACACCAACGACACCGAAGAAACCGCAACGUAAGAUGGGUCAAGACAUCGGUGAAGACUUCGAUUUCGAUGAAUGUCUACCACUUCCUGAAGCGGCCGAAAUGACAUACAAGCUUGACUCCAAAGGCGUGUACCAGGUGUACGAGACGGCGCAAUCUGUAGAACUGGGCGAACCUAUAGUGCACAUCCCUGACAUCAGAGAGUUCUACAUGGACCUCGACAGCAUUCUCGGCAUCGGCUCAGACGGGCCAAGCAAAUCGUUUGCAUACCGCCGACUUCAGUACCUGGAAGGAAAGUUCAAUCUGUACGUCUUGUUGAACGAGUACCAGGAGAUUGCAGACACCAAAGCUGUACCGCAUCGUGACUUUUACAAUGUCCGAAAGGUGGAUACUCACGUCCACCAUUCUGCCUGCAUGAACCAGAAGCAUCUCUUGCGAUUCAUCAAGAGCAAGAUGAAGAAGUCGCCGGACGAGGUUGUCCUCUUUAGAGAUGGCAAAUUUCUCACACUAAAGGAAGUGUUCGAGAGUAUCAACUUGACCGCCUACGAUCUCAGCAUCGACACGUUGGACAUGCAUGCUCACACCGAUUCGUUCCAUCGCUUCGACAAGUUCAAUCUCAAGUACAAUCCUGUCGGAGAGAGCAGACUCAGAACUAUAUUCCUGAAGACGGACAAUCACAUCAAGGGCCGAUACCUGGCUGAGAUCACCAGAGAGGUCAUGUCAGACCUGGAGAGCAGCAAGUACCAGAUGGUUGAAUGGCGCAUCAGUAUCUACGGACGAUCAAUGGACGAAUGGGACAAGCUAGCCGCCUGGGUCGUCGACAACAAGCUGUACUCGCCCAAUGUACGAUGGUUGAUUCAGGUUCCGAGACUGUACGAUGUCUAUAAAGCGUCCAGUCUCAUGGAUAAGUUCGAAGAGGUGAUCAGGAACGUCUUCCAGCCGCUGUUCGAAGUCACUCAAGACCCAAGCAGCCAUCCAAAGCUGCAUGUCUUCCUACAGAGAGUGAUCGGGUUUGACUCGGUGGACGACGAGAGCAAGAGCGAACGGCGAAUCUACCGCAAAUUUCCCCUGCCCAAAGAUUGGGACACAAAACAGAAUCCACCUUACAGCUACUGGAUCUACUACCUCUUCGCCAACAUUGCUUCCCUCAAUGUUUGGCGAAAGCAGCGGGCCUUCAACACCUUUGUGCUACGUCCGCAUUGCGGUGAAGCAGGUGAUACUGAUCACUUGGCUGCGGCGGUCUUGUGUUGCCACAGCAUCAGUCACGGACUGCUCUUACGCAAGGUACCUCUGUUGCAGUACAUCUUCUAUCUUGAGCAGAUCGGUGUCGCCAUGAGCCCUUUGAGCAACAAUGCCCUGUUCCUAGCCUACGAACGGAACCCAUUCUUGCAGUACUUCCGACGUGGUCUCAACGUCAGCUUAUCGACCGACGAUCCGCUACAAUUCGCAUUUACGAAGGAGCCCCUGAUCGAGGAAUAUGCCGUCGCAGCACAGAUCUACAAACUUUCUGCCGUUGACAUGUGCGAACUGGCAAAGCAUUCCGUCAUCCAAUCCGGAUUCGAGCACACGAUGAAGCAGCGAUGGUUGGGUAACAACUACUAUCUGUCAGGAGUUGCUGGCAAUGACAUGGCCAAAGUAAACGUACCCAACAUUCGCGAGGCCUUCCGUCAUGAAACGUGGUUGCAGGAGAUGGCCAUGAUCGAUCGAUACACCAAUGCACCAGCGGCAAACCGUCUCAGCACCAAUGCUCUGGCCCCAGGCGGCUACUCUGCAAGCACCACUGCGGUACCGCCUAGCCCGACCGCGAGCAUGAAGACGAACCCUUCGGCUACGAACCCAAUGCACGGUGUCGAUUCGACCAACUUCCGCCCUGGAUCGAGCAACUACCAAAACCCGAACAUUGCCGCCACACCGCAAGCCUACCAGGCUAGUGCACAAGCUGCCCGUCUUUCGACAACCCUGUCCCAGCUUGACCUCGCGCAGCAAGAUGGAGCAUCGACGAACUAUGCCUCCAGAGUCCACACCUUGCGUGAGCAGCCCUCGAGAUCGUCCAACUUAAUACACAACUCGCCCAUCACCUACGACAACCCCAACGCCGUCUACCCUCCUCUCCCACAAGCCGCCACGGCCACCGCACCAGACCACCCUUACGGCAGUACUCUCCACGGCGCCGAGCCCAAGAUGUUCCCGGGUGUCUUCAGCAGACGUAGGAAGUCUUCAAUCGCCCGGCCAUCGAGCUUAGCCAUGACGAGCAUGAACGGAGAGGACGGGUCCGAGGCGCUGGAACGUAGUACGGGAAGUCUGUCGAGGUCACAAGGGGAGGAUGCGUUGAUGAUGGCGGGGGAAAGAAUGGAGCGGAAGGACGUCAUUGAGGAAGCCGCAGCCGAGAGCGAGGAUGAGUGA